AUGCUCUGUUCGAAGCUUGCCUGUGUGCCUACCAGCACGCUCAUGACUGACGUAUCCGUGUCCGCGUCCAAGGGAGUUCCCGUGCCGCGUCGAGGCGCAGACGUCACGUCAGCGCCGGCUGCAAGCCGUACCUCUUCGGCUUUCGGCUUCGAGAGGCCGGGCGGUGUGCCGAAGAGCCGGGUCGCCGCUGCCGAAAUUCCCGCUCCAGCACGGAUAAGCCGGCAGCGGUCACGCACGGCCCGCGUCGGCGCCCGCGCCACAGGCACGCUGGCCGCGUCACGCUUCCUCCCAGAAGGGGAGGCUGAGUCCUCCGUGGGAUGCGCCUUCCGUCACGCAGAAUCAUCCGUACAUCCAUCCAUCCAUCCUUCCUUCCUUCCUUCUCGUCAGCUUCGCGUCUUGACCUGGCAGCAGCGACUGUAG